UCCUUCUCUCAUCUGUCCUGCCAGCCAAAUCCCAGCAGCUGGACUCCCCAUCGCCCGGCUGGACGCUCCUAGGAGGCUAUCCUGGCAGCUCUACCAAGGUCAGGGUAGACGCUGUCCUCCGGGUGUGGUGCUGAAGCCGCGUCCAUUCUGGCUACAGAGCAGCCGGGAGGCGUGAGGAGGAGAACAAGGGAGUAGCUGCACCUUACUGGCCGUCCAUAGCAUUGUGUAUUCUCCUCCAUCUCAGCACCAGGGCCAUUCCUCACUGGAUGCCAGGGCUGCCCAUGCUUCUCCUCCAUCCCAGGAGUCAUCUGACAUCCAGUCCUACUGGCUAAUCCUCCUCCACCUGAUCCUGUAAGGUCCCCAGCCUCCCAUGACAAGCCAGUGAAUGUGACAGAGAGAAGACCAUCACCCCAGAGCCAUGGAGGAAGAGCUGAAAUGCCCAGUGUGUGGCUCUUUCUUCCGAGAGCCCCUCAUCCUGCCCUGUUCACACAACAUCUGCCUGCCCUGUGCCCGCACCAUCGUAGUGCAGACCCCAGAAAGCGAGCACCUACCUCAUGCCGCUCGCCCCAUGUUACUGAUGGGGGCAGAUUACGACUACCCGGAUCACCUGGACAAGAUGAGCCUGCACAGUGAGACGGAUAGCGGGUAUGGCUCCUACACGCCAAGCCUCAAGUCCCCCAAUGGAGUAAGGGUACUACCCCCAGCCCCUGCCCCAUCCUUAGCUGCCGCCUCUGGUGCAUCUUCCCGGGGGCUGCAUGGCAGCAUCUGUAGCUCAUCCUCCAUCACCUGCCCCCAAUGCCAUCGCAGUGCAUCCCUGGAUGAGAGGGGGCUGCGGGGCUUCCAGCGCAAUAGACUGCUGGAGACCAUAGUGCAGAGAUACCAGCAAGAACGGGGGGCGGCACAAGAUGGGGAUAGUGCCCCAGAGGCCUCUGGAGCCUAUACUGCCAAUGCCCGGUGCCAGCUGUGUGACACAAACCCAUCAGAGGCCGCAGUCAUGUGCGAGCAGUGUGAUGUCCUCUAUUGCUCUUCUUGUCAGAAGAAAUGCCACCCAACUAGAGGACCUUUUGCCAAGCACAGGCUAGUGCCACCGUCCCAGCUGGCCCCUUCCACCAGCACCAGCCAGAAACCAGCAGCAGCCGCCGCAUCAGCACCGCCCAGCUACAUCCGCAAGUUCCCCACCUGUGCCGACCAUGAACUGGAGAACUACAGCAUGUACUGCCUGAACUGCCGGACCCCGGUGUGCUACCAGUGCCUACAGGAGGGCAAGCAUGCCAAGCAUGAGAUGAAGGCACUAGGAAUUAUGUGGAAGCAGCACAAGGCACAGCUUUCUCAGGCUUUGAGUGGAGUUUCCGAUAAAGCAAAGGAAGCCAAAGAAUUUCUGGUUCAGCUAAAGAACAUACUGCAACAAAUCCAGGAAAAUGGACUGGAGUAUGAAGCAUGCUUGGUUGCUCAAUGUGAUGCUCUCGUGGAUGCAUUAAAUCGUCAAAAGGCAAAGUUGCUCACCAAAGUCACAAAGGAACGAGAACAUAAAUUCAAGGUUGUAUGGGACCAGAUAAAUCACUGUACAUUGAAACUACGCCAGUCAACAGGGCUAAUGGAAUAUUGCCUUGAAGUAAUCAAAGAAAAUGAUCCCUCUGGCUUUUUACAGAUUUCAGAUGCUUUGAUAAAGCGCGUUCAAGGCUCCCAAGAGCAGUGGGUUAAAGGAGCACUGGAACCAAAAGUCUCUCCUGAAUUUGACCUCACAUUGGACAGCGACCCUUUGUUACAGGCCAUUCACCAGCUGGAUUUUAUUCAGAUGAAAUGUAAGGUUCCUGUUACAGUGCCCCCUGUACCCCUGCUGCAGUUGGAGAAGUGCUGCACGCGAAAUAAUAGCGUUACUCUGGCUUGGAGAAUGCCACCAUUUGCUCACAACCCUGUGGAAGGAUAUAUAUUGGAACUAGAUGAUGGAGAUGGUGGCCCGUUUAGGGAAGUUUAUGUUGGAAAAGAGACUUUAUGCACAAUUGAUGGUCUUCACUUCAACAGCACAUACAAUGCUAGAGUCAAAGCAUUUAAUUCAACAGGCCUUGGGCCUUACAGCAAAACUGUAGUGCUCCAGACAUCUGAUGUGGCCUUUUUCACAUUUGAUGCAAACACUGCUCAUCGGGAUAUUGUGUUAUCCAAUGACAACAUGACAGCAUCCUGCAGCAGUUAUGAUGACAGAGUGGUUCUAGGAACAGCUGCAUUCUCAAAAGGAGUUCACUAUUGGGAGGUACAGGUUGACAGAUAUGACAACCACCCUGAUCCAGCUUUUGGUGUUGCCAGAAUUAAUGUAGUAAAGGAUAUGAUGCUGGGAAAAGAUGACAAGGCCUGGGCUAUGUAUGUGGAUAAUAACCGGAGCUGGUUCAUGCACUGCAACUCUCAUACAAACAGAACAGAAGGAGGUGUGAGCAAAGGGACCGUAGUUGGCAUACUCUUAGACCUUAACAAGCGCAUACUAAUAUUCCGUAUUAACGGAAAGCAGCAGGGACCUGUAGCAUUUGAGAGCAUUGAUGGUGUCUUCAUGCCCGCAAUAAGUCUCAAUCGAAAUGUGCAAGUUACUCUUCAUACAGGCCUGGAGGUGCCAACGAAUAUCAGGCAAACCAAGGCAGUAACUAACCUUUAAGAAUCGAUCCACCAUUUCAUAGGCUACUCUUUUAUAACAGGAUGUUACCAUUACAUUACAGUCAGCAUUUGCUAAAAUUACAAAAUGAAAAUCAUCAGGGAAUCAAUGAGUGGGGUAAACAGCCGUCAGAUCUACAAAUAGUCAGUCAUAACCUAUGUAGCAGUUAUUUCCUUUCUCUAGAAAGACAGAAUAAACAUUGCUGUUUUAAAGGGGUACUCCGGCGCUUAGACAUCUUAUCCCCUAUCCUUUGGAUAAG